AUGUCGAAUCCUGCAGCUAAGUCACGAAUGAAGAAAAUUAUGCAGUUAAUAUCACCACUUCCCAUAUCAGAAGAUAGUAAUUCUGGAACUGCUUUUCCCGAGAACAUACAGCAAGAUGCAGAGGCCCCAGCUUUAGAUCAAAUCUCACCAACAGACAGCUACAGCGAUAUUGACAUGGACCCAAUAAUAACUGAUACGACAUCACCUUCGUUGAUCGAUUAUAUUUGUGAUACCGAUUUAAAUUCUGAGCUCAAUACUAACUCAUUAUUAACACUAUUACCUCAAACUAAACUUGUCGAAUACAGUGAUUCAGACACUGAGAAUACUUACACUUUACUUGAUUUAGAUAACCAGAACAUAAAGGACUUGACAACUUAUGAUUCUACUUUGCCAGCUUUCAUUGAUCAAUUGAUACAGCCGAGGACCAGUUCACUGUUUGACCAACCAGAACAAAAUAUGUCCAAGAAUUUGGAGACCCACGACAGCAUUGCCUGUAUUGAUAGCGAAGAUUCAUGGAAGCCUGCCUCAUCGUCCAGUGUUUCGGAUGACGAUAAGUCCGUUCAAACAAUAGAAGAAGAAACAAGUGUUGAAGAUGAUCGCAAUAAUAUUUUUGAAAACUAUUGGGGAUUAGGUUGUGAUAAAAGACAAAAAGAUUUCCUGCUGUCAUGUGCUAAAGAAAAACCGAUUGGAAGAAAAAGAUCCAGUAGUAAUAUCCGUAAAAUAUCAUACGAUUAUUUUAUCAGCUACAAUGGACAGAAAGUUAAAGUAACUUAUCUUUUACCGGGACACACCAUGAUGCCUGUUGAUUCUAUUCAUAGCACUAUUGAAAAUUUUGUGCGUAAUAAAACAGUAUGGGCUCCUUCUGAGUGGCCAACUAUGAUUACUAAUGCUAGAAAUAAGCCUAGAAACUACAUUAUAAAUGUUUUAAACUACGGAGACUUCAUGGAUUGGAAGAAUUUUUCGCAAGCUUUAUUACCAGCUAAAUUUAAAAUUAAUUUUAGUUCAUUAAGGGCGGUGCAAUUUCAUAAAAAUAAUCCUAUUAUUAAAUUUCAAUACGGUUUUUUCGAAGAUAGUGACAAUUACGAAAUAAACAUGGAUUUCAUCAUCAGAUCAAGAGCAAACAAAGCUAUUGUCGAAAAGGGGCCUACACCUUUAUACGUCGAAGAGCUCAAACUUUCAUCAGCUAAAUACCAAGAUUUACAAGAUCUGUGUAACAAAAACGUGAUUCCAAACAGAUACCAUCAAGAAUAUUUAAGUAUGAAGCAUGAUGGAAACGUACGUGAUGCUUUAGCUGAAACAGAUGAGGAUGAGGAGAUUUAA